UACGAAAAUACCCUUUCAACUGGUGCCAAUGGGCAUGCUAAACAGAAAAUGUCCAAAAUCAGACCAAGAAUUCGAACCAGAGAACUUAUUUUAUCCAAGAAAUGUUUAAGAACUUGUACCCAAUGGGACUGCAUUAUACCUGCACAGUAAGCAACAGUUAAUCUACACUACCCAACUAAAGUUGACCGUUGCCGUCACUACUACCGCCUGAAGAAUUGGUUCUCAGUGUUCUCAAUUUUUUCCACGCCAGUGGCAUUUUACAAGGGGACAACGCUCGCGCUACUAAAGUUUUCUCAAGAAGAACAGAUGGUGCUGAAGAGAGUUGAACAGCCUUCUCCACAGUGGGCCUGGCUGCCAAUGGAUGAGGUGGAGGACGUUCACGUCAUUGUAGUGGAAGGAUGACGCAGAAAGAUCAAACUCCUGCUGGGCUCUACCUCCAGCUGAUAGUGAGGACUUGAGUGAAUGUCCCAGCAACACCAUCAAUCCUCCCAUCUCAUCUCUGUCCUUGUCUGAAGUGGAACAACUACCGGAGGCUUUAUCAACGCCUCUCACUCAUAGACAUUUACAAUCUCACCUAUCUACUUCUGCGAAAAACUGGAAUGUCAAGGAACUAAUGACUUCCAACAUUCUAGGCCAGUCCGGCGGUUCACCGUUGCUUCCAUUUGCUCAAAACAUCAGUCCUCGUUUGAAAGAGCUUUCACAAAUUCCCUCUGCUUUUCAAGACGAUGAUCUAGAUGAAGAUCCAAGAACACUGCAAUGGAUCGGUUGUAUACCUGAAUCAGACAGCUCACUUGAUCAGUCUCACAUCAAUGAGGACUUGUCGUUUUCACAAGUUGCUGUACAGUCAGAUGAAAUCAGAACCCCGAUGGUAGAAUGGUAUCAGGAUGAUAUCUUUGUGUUUAUACAAAUAAAACUACCAGCCCUCGAAGCUUACAAUAUCACUUUUGACAUUGGCAACGUCAAUUUCAGUGCCAAGUAUAGCGGAGUGAUGUAUCAAGUUGAUUUGACUCUGUUUGGAGCUCAUCAUAGAGAUCGAGCUGAACAUUCUGCAGAGGCUUUCUACGUAGAGAUAAAACUUGAGAAGAUGCUAAAAGGAAAGAAAAGAUGGUGGCCAAGACUUACGAGGACUGAACAGAGGCUGCAUUGGCUAAAGUUGAAUCUUGAAAAAGUUUGUCCUGAUUCUGGAAGUGAAGCAUCAGAACUUGAAGAUAUGAGGAUCAGACUCGGAUACUGCGACAAUAGAACAGAAACACCUACCUCCAUUGCAUCUUCGGAAAUGUCCGAACUAGCCAACUCAGAGUUAUCCAUGUGAAGAGCACUAGUGUCUUUGAAACCAUAAGUGAUCAGUUUUGGUGCUGUGAAACGUAGAGCAUUUUUCCUAUUAUGCAUAUAUUUUCUAUAGAGAUUGGUUUAUGAAAUGUUGAUUUCGAGAGAUAUGUGUUUUGUUUCAUGAUACAGAUUUUAUUACAGAAUUGUAGUGAUGACUGUGAUGAGUUUCCCGAAAAGACAGUUUUGCAAGCAUACCUACAAGUAUACAAAACAUAGUAGUGUAUAGUUUUGCAAGUAUACAAAAUCUAGUGUCACUAUGAAGAGUUAAAGUACAAACAAAGUUUGUAUUAAGUUUCUUACUGUUAUUUAGUUUGUUUGUUGUAAAAUUUGAUACUGGUUUUAGCUCGUUAAGCAUUUUAUUGUUGCUCUAGCUUGUGAUGCUAUUUUUAUGUAGUUAACUAGUUUUCUAACUACUGUUAUUUAACUUGACUGAGAAUAGGACUGACAGACUGAGCUUGUGUGUUUUGUAUCACAAUCGUGUCUUGUAAUGUUGAAGAUUCCAUAUGUUCCAAUAUGUUUUAUCAAUAUGAUGGAUAAAAGUAAAAUGGCACAAAUGUGCAGUACUUUUAUUACUUUAACAUAAAAGUGUUAUAUAAACAUGAUUUCAGGUUGAGAUGUGUUGAAUAUUCUACUUUUAGUGUUGUUGACCUAAUUUAAUUUCCACAAAUAAUUUUAUUUAAAUGCAACCUCACAUCUCCAUUUAUCUUGUAAAAUACUAGAGUAUUUGAUGCCUUGGAAUUGUGGGCCUUUGCCUACCAAUUGUCAUUUUUAGGCAACCUGGAUUUGAAGAUAUGUUUAGUUAAUUGGUAUUUAAACUUCAUUGAUCUUACUAUGUUCAUUCUCUUUUCAUGAGCGAGGGAAUGAUAGUUUUAUAUUGAUUCCUUGAAAUAACUUAUAUUUUCAAAUAUGUAUUUCCAGCCUUUAAACAAUUUUGUAAUUUGAUAUUUAAUUAAACUACAUAUGUUUGCAUAAAGGGUUUUGUGAACUUGCAGUUAUCCCAUAGGUUAAUAUUGUUCUUAUUUUAAUGCUUAUAACUGUGAUUUAAUUAUUAUGUUUUUGUUUUUUAUGUUUAAGGAAAUUCUUUAUACGUUUGUCUUUAUUUUUUAUUCCUGUUUUGUAAGUACUAGUCUUAGAAUUCUUUCAACCAUUGUAUUGGUAUUUCCUAAUUUAAUAUAAACCAAUAGAAAGGUUAAGGAAUUGAGAGUUUUAUAAUAAACAAGUUAAAACCUGU